CUUUCGGCCCUGGAAACCCACUCCCGGCUGCGGGGUCCGAGCCGGCCCUCCCUCCCCCUGCUGGAACCCCUUCUCCAGCCCCGCACCGCAGGAGGAUGGCUCAGGAGGAGGGCGGGAGCCUGCCCAGGGUGCGGGCGCGGGUCGGGGCCUCGCAUGGCAUCACUGACCUGGCCCAGAAGCUGCACUUUUAUGACCGCUGGGCUCCGGACUAUGAUCAGGACGUGGCUGCCCUGCAGUACCGUGCCCCCAGCCUCGCAGUGGACUGCCUCACCCAAGCCCUUCCAGGCCCACCCGAAGCCGCCCUGAUCCUGGAUGUGGCCUGUGGCACCGGCCUGGUGGCUGCCGAGCUGCAGGCUCGAGGCUUCCUCCGGCUGCAUGGAGCGGACGGGAGCUCAGGGAUGCUGGAACACGCCCGGGCCCGCGGCCUCUACCAGCACCUCAGCCUCUGCACCCUGGGCCAGGAGCCUCUGCCCAGCCCUGAAGGGACCUAUGACGCGGUGCUGAUGGUGGGCGCCCUCAGUGACGGCCAGGUGCCCUGCAGUGCGAUACCUGAGCUCCUGCGAGUCACCAAGCCAGGUGGGCUGGUGUGUCUGACCACCAGGACCAACCCCUCCAACCUUCAGUACAAGGAGGCCCUGGAGGCCACCCUGGACAAGCUGGAGCAGGCCGGGGAGUGGGAGCGCCUGGAGGCCCGGCCGUGGACCGGUGGGAGCUGGCUACCACCAAGCUGGAGGCGGUGCCUGGCACUCCGGACGGUGACGGCUUCAUCUCUGGCAUCGUCUACCUCUACCGAAAGCAGCAGGCGGCCCCAGCGGAGGGAGGGAGGCCCAGUGCUCAGCCCCGCACUGGCCUCUGACCUUCCAGGGGACUUCAUCCAGGCCUGUCCUCGGGGCUCCUGUCCCUCGUCUGUAAAACGGGGCCACUGCACCAGCCCUGCUGCUCAGGAACGCUCUGCCUAUUAAAUGAGUCCCGGGAGGGGCAGCGGGA